GGAAGUAGAACGGGAGUUCAACAGUAUGGCGUCUCUGGCGAUACGCAUUCGUAUAAAAAUAUGCUGUAGCUAGCAGGAAAAAAAAAAUCAGUCAAACGCUAAAAGAUAAUUAGAGAAGUGAUUUAAUUUGAAUGUCACCUUAUACUUUUUCUACAGAGUAAAUAAAUAGGGCUAGUCGCCUGUUGAGCAGCAAAGCGCGUGUGACGGUGCUGGUUUUUUGUGUGAGUUCAGUGUUAGCGCGUGUUUGUGUGUGUGUGUGAGAGAGAGAGCUUCUCAUCGCAGCGGCAGUCCAGAGAGGUGAAGUGAUGGAGUCAUCUGAGCAAUGUCCUCCAGACUCAGCCCAACAGGAGGUGAACCCAGUGUUCCUCCAGCAGCUCAGAGAACUGGAUAUCCCUGAGGAAGCAGCCAGACAGGCACUCCUACACACAAGGAAUGUGUCUGCUGAGGAGGCGGCAAUGUACUACUUCAACAAACUGGAAAAUGAGGAAGAAGGGGAUGAAGAUGUGAUGUUCAAGAUGGUCUUUGUUGUGAACAUGGAGCUGUCCAUGGGAGUGGGGAAGGUGGCAGCGCAGGUGGGCCAUGCAGCUGUGGCUCUGUACCAGGCCAUGCAGGAGAAGAAUACUUGGAGAGAGAUGGCUUGGAAAUGGGACCAUGCUGGAGCUAAGAAGAUUGUGCUACAGGGCACCAACAUGGCACACCUAUUGGAGUUGCAGGCUCUCGCUAUGAGUCUGAGCCUCCCUACAAAACUGAUACAGGAUGCCGGACUCACACAGGUGGAGCCAGGCUCUAGCACUGUGCUGGCCAUCAUGGGAGAUGAAGAAAUGGUCAAUAAUGUUACAGGCAGCCUGAAACUGCUUUGAGCACUGAAAAGAAGCAACAGUAGAAAUACAGAAGUGUAAAGUGCCACUGUGUGUCCACAGGGGGGCAGAACAGUCCCACAGCAGCAUGGCUCGCUGCACAAAAAACACAGCAUAAUCUACGGCAUUCACAUAUUUCUACUGACACUCCUAUACACACACACACAAUAACAAUAAUAUUAUCUGAAGUAGGAGAAGGGCUGCGCAUGUGGGUGGGUGCCUGGAUGUGUCAGUUCUGGUUGAUUUAACAUUUACAGUGUAUCUGCAUUCAGUUCUGCAAUUGCGUAAAGGUCUUUGAUUCUAUAGAAAACCGUGAAAAUGUGUGAAGCCACAUUGAACAUAUCAAUAAUUGAUCAAAUAGAUAGAAGAUGCCAACUUAUGUCCUGUUACGUAAAUAAAUAUACCCCUUAAAGUUAGAACAUAGUGUUUUGGUGAUCGUUGGACCAAAUUAGUCAUUGUGAAAGAAUUAAAUGAAUUGUAACACUACAUACAUGUAAAACAUCAUCUCAAGAAGUAAGAACUCCUGAGAUGAGUUUAUUGAUUAUCUGCAAUGGGGCUUCCUUUGUUGUGAGUUGUGAUGUAUAAAUCUAUGUUUUGUCUAGAAUUUUUAUGUAAGUGUGAUGAUACGCCUUCCUACCAAGCCUUGUUAUGUAAACAUAACAUGAAAGCAUACUGAUGAAGAGAGGGGGAGAAAAAAAAAAAACCUGCAAAAUUUCAAAGCCAUACGUUUAUUGUGGAGUGCCAUUGUUAACAAUUUCUGUCAAUUUUUGACUGUUAUUUAUUUAAUUUUUUUAAUGCAUCUGCUCGUAUAUGAGUCUACUAUAUAUUGACUGUCAGUUCUAGGACUAAGGAGGUUGGCUAUUUGCAAUAAUAUUGACAUGCUAUUUGUCUGUCUCUAUUAAAAAUUUGCUGUAGUGUUACAAUA